CUGAGAGAAGGUGUUUGUUUUCUAUUCUUUUCGCCUCCUUGUAGCUCUGUAAUGGCUCGUACCAAGCAGACCGCUCGCAAGUCCACCGGCGGGAAGGCGCCCCGCAAGCAGCUGGCGACCAAAGCCGCCCGGAAGAGCGCCCCGGCCACCGGGGGCGUGAAGAAGCCUCACCGCUACCGCCCUGGGACUGUCGCCCUGCGAGAGAUCCGUCGCUAUCAGAAGUCCACUGAGCUGCUCAUUCGCAAGCUGCCCUUCCAGCGUCUGGUGCGUGAGAUCGCGCAGGAUUUCAAGACUGACCUGCGCUUCCAGAGCUCUGCCGUGAUGGCCCUUCAGGAGGCGAGCGAGGCUUACCUGGUGGGUCUUUUCGAAGAUACGAACCUGUGCGCCAUCCACGCCAAGCGGGUCACCAUCAUGCCCAAAGACAUCCAACUGGCUCGCCGCAUCCGCGGAGAAAGGGCUUAAAUCGGCGCACCUCGCUCAAAGAACAAAAGGCUCUUUUAAGAGCCACUACAUACUCAAAAUUGCUGGAAAUUGCUCUUGUU